AUGGAAAAAGAUGAUCAUCUCAAACUCAAAAUCAUGGCUAAGGAAGUGAAUUUUGUUGGCUCUAAUAGUAACAACAAGUUCGAAUCGAUACCAAGUUCUAGAGGUAGGAAGUAUUUUCAAUGGCUUAGAGUGAUUUGUUAUGUUUUUCUUCUCAUAUCUGGCCAAGCAUCAGCAGUGCUAUUAGGAAGAUUGUAUUUUGCCAAAGGUGGAAAUAGUAAUUGGAUGGCAACACUAGUUCAACUAGUUGGCUUUCCAAUCCUCCUUCCUUACUAUUGUUUCGCAGGGCGAAAGAGCGAAUUAAGUACCACUUUUAGUAACUCAUCACCAAAAUCUCUUUUAAUUCUUGUACUAGUUUCUAUCUUUCUUGGAAUAGUUUUAGUUGUGGAUUGUUUCUUGUACUCCGUCGGCCUUUCUUACCUUCCAAUCUCUACAUACUCUCUCAUUUCGGCCUCUCAAUUGGCCUUCAAUGCCUUUUUCUCCUUCUUUCUCAACUCGCAAAAGUUCACUCCUUUUAUUGUCAAUUCUCUCGUGUUGCUCACCAUAUCUUCUACUCUCGUUGCUUUUAAUGAUGAUUCGGAAGAAGGUGCACAUGAUAUCUCCUCCAAAAGAAAGUUUGUGAUUGGAUUCAUUUGUACGGUGGCUGCAUCCGCGUUGUACGGCUUGUUGCUUUCUGUGACACAAUUUGUUAUCGCAAAAGUACUAAAAAGAGAAACUUUCUCUGUUGUUAUAGAUAUCACAAUCUUGGAAUCAUUACUAGCAACAAGUAUUUCUCUAGUGGGACUCAUUGCGAGUGGAGAAUGGAAAGAUUUGAGUAAUGAAAUGUAUGCAUUUCGAUUAGGGAAAGUGUCAUAUGUCAUGACAUUAGUUGGGACAUCUAUAUCAUGGCAAGCUUUUUUCCUUGGGACAAUAGGAUUGAUUCUUGAGAUGUCUUCACUCUUUUCUAAUGCCAUAAGUGUUUUGGGCUUGCCAAUAGUACCAAUCUUAGCUGUGUUUUUCUUCAAAGAGAAAAUGUAUGGAGUGAAGGUGAUUUCAUUAUUGUUGGCUAUUUGGGGUUUCAUUUCAUAUGUUUAUCAAGAUUAUCUUGACAGUUACAAUUCAAAAACACACAAUGAAAAUGCAAAUGGAGAAAAUAGAGCUUCUCAAGAGGAAGACACAAGUAGUGCUUGACUUAAUUUGGUUAUGUAUUGAAAACUUUCUUUGUCAAUUUUAAUUUUACAUAUAAAAAAAAACAAUAUUGGAAGCUUGCUACAUGUUUGGCUCUUUUUAAUUUCUUUGAUUAGGUUGGACUUCUAUACAAAUUAUCAUUCAUGUGUUUAAUAGAAUACUCAAUUGGCCUUUUGUAAUUAAAUGAUCACUAAAUUUGAUGUUUUAUAUAGUGAUGAAAUUGAUAU